GUCCGGCGUCCGUGCGGGCGGCUCGGUGCGCGCGCUUCCGGGUUUGCGGCGGCGAGCCAGAAACCACUGCGCAGGGGCCUCGGUGGUCAGGUGGAGCUGCAGCAGGCCGAGCCUUCGCGCUAGCGGGCGCCGUGUAGGCAGCCGGGUAGGACUGGCCGCGACCCUGACCCGCCGGGCGCCCCUGACAGAUUUAAGCCUCUUUGGCCUCUGUAGAAUAUGGCAGAGACAGCACAUGAGCCUUCUGGAACGCUUAUCAUACACUCAGACUCUCACAGUGACACUGUCCUAGCCAGUUUUGAGGAUCAGAGGAAGAAAGGCUUUCUUUGUGACAUUACUUUAAUCGUGGAGAAUGUGCAUUUCCGGGCCCACAAAGCCUUACUUGCUGCCAGUAGUGAAUAUUUCUCAAUGAUGUUUGCAGAAGAGGGGGAGAUUGGCCAAUCCAUUUAUAUGCUGGAAGGCAUGGUUGCAGACACCUUUGGUAUACUGCUGGAAUUUAUUUAUACUGGUUAUCUGCAUGCCAGUGAGAAAACUAAAGAACAAAUCUUGGCCACUGCUCAGUUCUUAAAAGUCUAUGACCUUGUGAAGGCGUACACAGACUUCCAGAAUAACCAUAGCUCCCCAAAGCCACCUACUUUGAACAGUGCUGGCACUCCAGUGGUGGUUAUUUCUAAUAAGAAAAAUGAUCCUCUAAAACGGAAACGGGGAAGACCAAGAAAAACCAGUAGUUUGCAGGAGGGAAAGUCAGAACUGGCUGUAGAAGAAGAAUUACAGCUACGAGAGAACAAUUCAGUUCAGAAUAGACAAAACUUUGUGGUUAAAGGAGAUGAUGUUGAAUUGAAUGAACAGAUGUCAGCAAAAGAAAAGGAAUCUGAGCCAGUUUGUGAGCCAGGAAGAGUGGAGGGGAUGCCGGCUGAGAAAGAUGAAAACUGUGACCCCAAGACCCAAGAGGGACAGGAUAACCAGAGUAGAUACAGUAAGCGCAGGAUUCGGAGGUCCGUCAAACUUCAGGAUUACAAACUUGUUGGAGAUGAAGAUGACCAGGGUUCAACUAAGAGGAUGUGUGGAAAGAGAAAGCGCCCCAGUGGUCCUGAGGCUCAGUGUAAAGACUGUGGCAAAGUCUUUAAGUAUAACCACUUUUUAGCAAUCCACCAGAGGAGCCACACUGGGGAGCGACCCUUCAAAUGUAGUGAGUGUGGAAAAGGCUUUGCCCAGAAGCACUCCUUGCAGGUCCACACCAGGAUGCACACAGGCGAGCGGCCGUAUACCUGCACGGUCUGCAGCAAGGCUCUCACCACCAAGCACUCACUGCUGGAACACAUGAGCCUACACUCAGGGCAGAAAUCUUUUACCUGUGAUCAGUGUGGAAAAUAUUUCAGCCAGAAAAGACAGCUGAAGAGUCAUUAUCGAGUCCAUACAGGCCACUCGUUACCGGAAUGCACCCAUUGUCAUCGCAAAUUCAUGGAUGUGUCUCAGCUAAAGAAACAUCUGCGAACACACACAGGUGAAAAGCCAUUUACUUGUGAAAUCUGUGGGAAAUCUUUCACAGCAAAGAGUUCUCUUCAGACCCACAUCAGAAUUCAUCGUGGAGAAAAGCCAUACUCUUGCAGCAUCUGUGGCAAAUCCUUCUCUGACUCCAGUGCCAAGAGGAGACACUGCAUCCUACACACAGGCAAAAAACCUUUCUCCUGCUCUGAGUGCAGCUUACAGUUUUCUCGCUUAGACAAUUUGAAGGCUCACUUGAAAAUCCAUAGCAAAGAGAAACACACAUCAGAUGCUAGCAGUGUUUCUGGUAGCAACGCUGAUGAAGUCAGGAACAUUCUUCAGAUACAACCAUACCAGCUUUCUACCUCUGGAGAGCAGGAGAUUCAGCUUCUCGUGGCAGAUUCUGUGCAUAACAUCAACUUCAUGCCAGGUCCCACCCAGGGAAUCAGCAUUGUAGCUGCUGAGAGUGCCCACAACAUGGCCACAGACCCAGCUGCAAACCUCACCCUGCUCACGCAGCAGCCGGAGCAACUGCAGAACUUGAUUCUGUCAGCUCAACAGGAGCAAACAGAGCACAUUCAAAGCCUCAAUAUGAUUGAAAGUCAGAUGGAAUCUGUACAGGCAGAGCCUGUGCAUGUAAUCACACUGUCGAAGGAAACCCUGGAACAUCUCCAUGCCCACCAAGAGCAAACAGAGGAGCUCCGUUUAGCAGCAAGUGCUUCGGAUCCAGCUCAGCACCUGCAGCUGACACAGGAGCCUGAUCCACCACCACCUUCCCCACUUGGCCAGGAACAGAGCUGACCUAAGAACAUAUCUGGCUGUUUUCCUGGGCCAGCUGUAAUAGGAUGGUAAAUACUUGAAGCCAGGCCACGUCAAGCUACCAUCUUACAGAUCCUUAAAGAUGUGAUAGCUGGCAGAUACUUACAAUGUGCUCCCUCGAGGCAGUCUGUGUGUAUGUUUGUAAGUGUGCACAUGUCCUGUCUAUAGUUCUGCUUCAGAUUUAUCAUUUCAUUAUUGAUUUGGUUCUUCAUCUACUAUGUCCCUUAAAGACUGGGGUCACUUUUCUUUGCGGACAUUGAUGUAGAUUUCUGUAUUAAAUGUUCCCAGCCUUAGCAUAUUGUUUUGUUGGCCUUCCAGGUUAUUCUUCAUAUUUUAAACAAAAGAAGUUGUGUGUAAGUUGAAUCAGGUUUGGUGGCUGGUUCCAUUUCUUUAUUUCUCUUAGGCAGUAUUACUGCUAGUCCAAAACAAGUCAGGGCUGACUGUGACUGGUCACAACAAUCAGGAGAUUUGUCCUCUAAUAGCUUUCACUCCCCUAAGAGAGUACCUCUUAACAUGUAACAUUUGUGUGGUACAAUGGGCUAAUCUUGUCGUGCUGAAGAUAGAUUCAAACUCAUAAACUGUAUUCAUAACUUAAAAUUCAUAUUAUAGGAAAGCCAAAAGUGUACUGUUUAAAAUUUUGAGUUCAACUUUUCUGAAAAAUAUACAUACACACAUAUAAAGAAGCAAGCUGUUAAAUCUUUAAUUAUCAAGUAUGAAACUGGAUUAAAACAUUCAACUCCAAAUAAACUGAAUUUUGUUAGAUAAUGAUACUUUAUUUUCAUGAUGAAGUUAAAGGUUUCUUAACUACUCUGGAACAUAAAAGUUUAUUCAAUGUAAGUCUUCAAUAUGCUCUACUGGAUUCUAUUUGAUCUCUGAAAAAUAUUGAUUUAUGUGUUCUUAGAACUUUCUAGAAGUAGAAAUAUAAAAACCUAUUUUUAUUAUAGUCAAGGUUAAAUCCCACAACUUAUCACUUAAUUUUGAACCUCAGAGACCAAGUAAGUAGCCUGUGUCUAAAUUGUGUAACUUGUAAAUGGUCGUCAAAAGAUUAUGUUUAGAUUGUGUUUUCAAGCUCACUGUAUUUAAUCAAAAUUUUUGACUAAUUUUCCUGGAAGCUGGCAGGGACAUUUGAUAAUAGAGAUGGGGCAUUAGUAUAUCUUAAGAUAAAAUAAUGGGGGUAGAAAGUAGGUUUAAAAUUAAUAUCUUUAUAACAGUUUUUUUUAAUUUUAGAUGGCUUUUAUUUCCACCCAAAUCCAGUAUGCUCUUUGAAAGUUAAAGAAAUAGGUAAUUCUUCAGGUUAGGGAGAGGAUGAAAGUAUUUUUGAUCCAUAUUUAUCAAGUUGUAUUUUAUUAAACAUAAUUCACAAAUUUUCCAAAAUGAUAUAUAUCUUAAUGUGCAUCAACCAAAGUAAUAUUAAUUUGGGCCUGAGUAGAACAGAGGGAUAAUUUUUUACAAAUACUUGUAUACUUUAUUAUUUGGGGUUCUUCAUUUAGUCAUUUAAACUGUGUGUGUGUAUGUGUGUGUGUGUGUGUGUGUGUGUUGUGCACAGUGUUUGUUUAUGGAGACCACAGGAGGACACUGGGUACCCCACUUUGUCAUUCUUCACCUUUUUCCCUUGAGACUGGAUCUGUCACUGAACCUGGAGGCUGGUGACCAGCAGACCCCAGCAGUCCUCCUGUCUCCACCCUCCACAGCACUGGAGCUACAAGCACACAUGGCCAUCUCCUGGAUUUUUACUUGAGUGCCAGGAUCUGAACUCAGGCCCUCACACUUGUACAGCAAGCACUCUUACCCACUGAGCCAUCUCUCCAGGCCCCUAUUUUAUUACUAAAAACAGAUUUUUUGCCAGCUUUUAAAAUCCUGCUGAUACUCAUUUUUUCAAGGAACUCUAUGUAGUAUUAAAGUAAAUGGAUUUUUAAUCACCAUAGAUAGCUAGGUAAUUAUUCAGAAACAUGGUUAUAUGGCUGUUCAUUUAUAUUUUUGAUGCUUGUGCAUGUUAAGUGUGAGCGCCACUACUGAGUUCCAUCCUCGGUCCAAGAUUUUAUUUACUUUUCAUUUAUAUGUGCGUGUAAUUACACACACACAUAUACAUAUAUGUAACAGUAUCUCACUAUGAUACCCAGGCUGGUUUUGAUCUUCUGGUCUCAAGUGACUGCAGAUGUACACCACAAUGCUAGGGCUACAUGUCUGAUUACAAGUCAAAUUUUAACUUGUUUUAUAACAGUCUAUCUCUGUAUUAAAAGAAAUAUAACAUGAUCCAGGCCUGGUGGUACAGGCCUGUAAUCCCAGGAGACAGAGGCAGACAGACCAUGAGCUUGCGACUAGCCUGAGCAGGUACUUAGAACUUAUUUAAAAAUAAGGGCUGGUGACAUAGCUCAAAGGUAGUGUUGUUGCUAGCACACACAGGGCCGUGGACUCAUCUCCAGCACUGUUUUUCUUGUUUGUUUGUUUUUUAAAGGGUAUGAGGCACAUAAGUAAUAUAAAAUGUCCUAAAAGCCAUAUUUAAAAAUGUAAAACUAGGGGCUGGAGAGAUGGCUCAGCGGUUAAGAGCACUGACUGCACUUACAGAGGA